UACGACGACGUCAAAAAGCUCUGCAAGUGCUACCUCCUCUAGCCCAUCUUGUCUUUUGGGUGGGAUUUUAGGUUGCCCUACCUCGACGUCUACUUCGGCACAUUCUACAAUAACUUCUACCAACGGGACUAGUACUAUAACAAGCGGUCAUUCGACCGUCACCGCGUUUACGACUAUUGUUAACGGAUCGACGAUUACUGAGACCAGUACCUUGCGGUCAGGGAAUUUGUCGUCGACUGUGAUAAGCUUUACCAACGUCUCAACAAGCUCGAUGACAUCCACUCAUAUUUCUUCCUCUACUUCGCCGACCCAGACUUCCAAUUCCAUUUACAAUUACCUUACUACUGUGUCAUCUCUCGAGAUCAAUAACUCCCCUACGACCACCAGGACCCAGUCUACAUUGACAAACCCUGACCAGGCAACCACGACACUCACCGCUGGAAGUAUAGCCCCAUCAAGUGCGCCAAGUAUUGCUCCUCUUCCGAGCAACUUGCCGAGGAUUAUACUACCGCCCGGUCAACAAUACAAUCAGUCCACAGUUCCCGCUGGGUACUCUCUGAUCAGCGUAUUGUUUAAUCAAUCGUUAAAUUGGCAAUGGGUGGCCCAAAAUGCCGAUACAUCUGGUCAGAUAUUUGAAUACUUCCCUCAAGUUAUUGCCACAGCAUUGGGCAUCGAUGCAUCGCAAAUUUACAAUUACGAGUUGGAAGUAUACAUUCCUUCGUCCUAUCAAGGGACUCAGGAUGUUGCGCAGCUUGGCACCGAGUGGUUGGGUUUCAUUUCGAGUGCUCUUGUUCAGCAACUCGCUAGUUUGGUUUCUAACGAAAAAUCGCCUUUCUACACCGCACAAGUUGGAUCCAUUCCUCAAACCCUUGCGUCGUGCGUUGACCCUAGCCUUCCUAUCGAUUCAGUAUCCAGUCCUACCACCGGAAGUGGUAGUUCCACCUCUUCCAAUGGGAAUUCGUCUAGCAAUUCUUCUAAAGUUAGACAAGAUGCCAUCAUUGGUGUUGUAAGCUCACUGGGAGCUAUCGCUCUUAUUGUACUCGGCUACAUUGCAUACAAAUCGAUCAAGAAACGCAGGGAACUCGCACAUAGGCGCCUGUCAGAUCCAGGCUUCGAGGGCGCUCGACCUGAUGGCCAGGAAUUCGAUCGAGAUAGUGUCGGUGGUCAGCGCAGGAGAAGUUUCUAUUAUGCAGAGGAUAGUUUGCGAGGAUAUCAGGGUGUUAGGACCGAUGGAGAUGACUACGACAAUCACGUCACCGGUGUGCGUGAGCGCCGCACUUUAGUACCUGGCGCUCCCAUAUCCAACCCGAUUUUGAGGGAAAGUAGCUUGAAUUGGUGAGGGAGGCUUCUGUAGCUCGGAGUGGAAAAAACUUCACGACCUCUCCUCUUUCUUGGAAACCUCGCCUGUUUUUCUUUAUUUCUGUGGCUAGGUUUCAUUGGGAUUUUAUUUAUGUAUGUUUCAGACGCACUUCGUUUGCUUAUUUGGCCCCGCUGUUCGCUUGUUUGCAGCUCAAUAUGUUUUCUCUGGCCGCUCCAGUUCAUCUGCAACGGCAGGCCCAUCUCGCAGUACGACCUGGAAUGUUUUAUCUUCUUCUGCUAAUACCCCUUUGGUCUUUCUGUUGUCUUACCUACUCAUGUGGACCGCAGUUCAUCAAUGCUUACGCUAUGCUUAUCCCCAAAAGAAUACGUGGAUUCUUGAACUUAUAGACAGACUUCCACAUUAUUGAUAUAUACUUUGCACUGGUUGCCUGUACAUUGUAGGCUCUCUGCAAUGGCCAACCGAAAGGGGUGAAUAUAUUGCAUUGCUAAUUUCCUGCCU